AUGUCCAUGCUUGGUUCUUGUCUGAGUGAGGACCAGUUCACCUGUUCCAUCUGCCUGGAUCUCUUCACCAAACCCGUGUCCACACCGUGCGGCCACAGUUUCUGCUUGGCCUGUAUCAGCUCAUACUGGGAUGGACAGGCAAAGUCCUGCUGCUGUCCGCUGUGUAAGGAGAGUUUCCGGAAGCGUCCAGAGCUCCAUGUCAACCACACGCUGAGGGAAAUCACAGAGCAGUUCAAGCGUCUGUCCGUGAGCGCGGAGGCUGCUAACUUUAAUGCUAAUGCUAAUGCUAAUGCCCACGCCGGAGCAGAGCGGCAGAGGCCGGCGGUGCCACCCCGCCCCGUGGAGCUGCCCGGCGGCCUUCUCAGUGAGAUGAGGAGUCGAUUUCAGCGGUCAGUCUCCGUCAGCACCAGCUCUCCCCCACCCUACUCCACCCACUCCCCACCUCCAGCAUCUGGACAGAGGAGGUUUACAACUUCUACAGGGGGAGGGUAUUCUGAUGCCCCGCCCUGUCCCAGACAUGGCCACGCCCUCGAGCUUUUCUGCCGCACAGACCAGAUGUGUGUGUGUGCCGCAUGCAUGGAGGAAGACCAUUACACACACUCAGCUGUUCCCAUCAAGAAAGAGUGGCUCAUAAAGAAGUCACAGUUGGGUAUCACCCAGACGGAGCUUCAGGAGCUGAUUUCACUGAGAGAGAGGAAGGUGGAGGAGAUCAAAGCUGCACUGGCCCAAAUUCAGGCGGAGGCGGAGCAGGAGACGGAGUGCACGGUGAGCGUGUUCAGUGCGCUGGUUGGUGCUCUGCAGCGGAGUCAGGCGGAGCUGUUGGAGGUGGUGGAUACAGCUCGUCAGGGGGCGGAGCUUCGGGCACAGACUCUCAUCUGUGAGCUGGAGGAGGAGAUUUCAGAACUGAGGAAGAGGAACAGUGCUCUCGCUGAACUGGCCCAGUCCACCGACCCCAUAGUCUUCCUCAGGACGUUUCCAUCUGUCUGCAGUCUCUCGGAGACGAAGAGCUGGGCGGAUGUGUGUCUGACCCCUGACCCCUCCGCGGGGGCGGUGCUGCGGAAUAUCACUCAGCUGAUGGAACGUCUUCAGGAGGAGCUGAAGAGACUGCCUGAGAUCUGUUCACAUUCUCCAGUUGAAAAGACAGUGGAGAGACACCAGCCCAAGGUGAAGAGAGUGCAGGAAUAUGCAGUGGACGUGACGCUGGACCAAAACUCCGCCCACCCGCGGCUGGUCAUCUCUGAGGAUGGCAGACAGGUGCGGUGUGGGGACCGGUACCUGCCGCUGCCUGACACACCCGAGCGAUUUGACCGGGUGGUGUGCGUCCUCGGCCUGCAGGGCUUCCGCACCGGUCGCCAUUAUUGGGAAGUCCACGUCGGGGGAAAGACAGACUGGGAUCUGGGCGUGGCCAGCCACUCCAUAAACAGGAAAGGGAAGAUUGCUGUCAGUCCGGCCAACGGUUACUGGUUCCUGAGUUUGCGGGACGGGCAGGAGUACGCUUUCCGAACGGAUCCGUCCACCCCUCUCACCCUGAACCCCCGACCCCACCGAAUCGGCAUUUACCUGGAUUACGAUAAAGGGCAGCUGUCCUUCUACAACGCAGACGCCCACAUGCACAUCUUCACCUACAUGGACUCCUUCUCUGACACCAUCCACCCAUUCUUCAGCCCCUGCACAAACAAGUCUGGUCAGAACGAAGCUUCUUUGAUCAUAUGUCCAGUCUCACCAACAGUCUGA